CUCAUUGGUUAAUAAUGAAGCACACUGAUCGUAAACCAAAAGUCUCGAUAGAAAUCCAUUUCUGGAGUUCAUUAUAAAUAACCAGCGAACCAGACCAGUUUGAUUCACAAAUUCGAUUCCAUCUCUCAACGAUUCACAGAAAUUCUCUCACUUUCAAAACCCCAGUACUCAGAAUCAUCAUUUUAGAUUAUCAAUGAAAGGAACUGCGACUGCAAAUGUUGUUAGCAAGGGAGGAAGGAAAGGCGGUGAUAGAAAGAAAGCCGUAACGAAAUCAUCCAAAGCAGGACUACAAUUCCCAGUCGGAAGAAUCACUUGAUUCUUGAAGAAAGGUCGAUACUCUCAGCGUCUUGGUUCUGGUGCUCCCGUUUACAUGGCUGCUGUUCUAGAGUAUCUCGCUGCUGAGGUAUUGGAAUUAGCCGGAAAUGCUGCAAGAGACAACAAGAAAUCGAGAAUUAUCCCAAGACAUUUAUGUUUAGCAAUUAGGAAUGACGAAGAAUUGGGGAAAUUACUUGCCGGUGUUACAAUUGCUAGUGGUGGUGUCCUUCCUAACAUUAACCCCAUCUUGUUACCAAAGAAGAGCGGGAAGGCUGAGCCAGAAACUCAAAAAUUUCCAGGAAAAUCUGUUGCUUCUAAAUCUCCGAAGAAGUAAAAAUUGGAUCUAGCUAGGUACUUAGUAGU